AUGGAUCCUGCGGAAGUCCUCGAGCGUGAGCUACGUGCGAGAGAACUUUUCAACAGCGGCGUUAAUGUUGGUACUAGCAGUAGUCACCGACGACGCAAAAGCUCAGGCGAGGACGAAACCGAUGUCACGGACGACGAAAACGGGAUAAGAAGAAGCGCAACAACAACAACAACAGUAGACGUCGGAACGAAUUCAAAGAGUAAAAAACCUUUAACGAGGCGUCUCUUCUUGCGAGGAGAGAAUACCUAUACGGGUGAACAGAAAACGAGGAAAAGACGAGGGAGGUUUAUGCGUGCCGUUCAGAUUGGAUUUGGCGCGGAUAAUGAUGAUGAUGAGGAGGAGGAGGAGGAUGUGAAAUUUGCCUUCAAAAUCUUCUUUGGACUGUUCCUUCUCUUGAUAUCUGUACUCCUGCGCUCUAAUGCGAACGAUUCCUACCGAUGGCUCGAGCUCGAAAAGAAAGCAGAAAAAGAACGAUUUUCAAGUUUACGAGCGGAAGGUGCGAUGAAAGAAGUGGAGAAGAACAUGAUCGAAUUCAUAGAGACGAGUUUGCGAGAAGCGAAGAAGGAGAGCGCGGGAGAAAUUCGCUGUCCGCCGAAGCGGAAGUGUCCGCCGAAGCCGACGUGCGAAGAGGAGGAAGGAGAGGAGGGGUCUCGGAGACGACGCAGAAAUUUGUUGUCCUCCGGUGAAGAUGGAGACGAUUACCAGAGCAGCAGUAGUAGUAAAGCGGCAGACGACCCGUUCUUGGACGAUUUGAUACCGAAAAGAGGCAAACACGAUUUCAAAAUUUUCGUCUACGAUUUGAAACCUGAAUUCAACGCGGAUUUAGCCAGAGACCAACCGAGAUGUCGCACAGAUCAAUACGGCACUGAAAUUCGUUUCCACGAGAACUUGUUGCAUCAUUCGGUGUUAACCAACGAUCCAGAGGAGGCGGAGUUUUUCUUCGUUCCAAUAUACGGCGAGUGUUACUUGUUCCGAGAGACGCAAAACUCGGGCACGAACAACGCGAUGAAAGUGACGAAUUUGUGGUAUCGAGACGCGUUGAAAACGAUUCAAACGGAGUACCCGUAUUGGAACAGAACUGAUGGGAGAGACCACGUGUGGUCGUUUCCCGGCGCCAGAGGGCCGCAUAUUUUUAGAGAUUGGAAAAAGCUGAUUAAGAAAUCAAUCUUUCUCACGCCGGAAGGCGAUCGGUCGUUCGGAGAACAGUUCAACACGUGGAAAGAUAUCGUCAUUCCAGGAUUAGAACCGGAUUCAGAGUUCAUCGAUGGUAAGUUAAGGAAACAAUCGUCGUUAAAGAAAGAUAUAUUUGCGUUCUUCCGAGGGACAAUUUUAAACAAAGCCGGUAUAUUGGCGUACUCGCGAGGUAUUCGACCAAAGAUGGAAGCGGCGUUUAAGAAACACAAAGACGUCAUUUUCACGGAGGAAAUCCCAUCGUGCGAUCGCGACUGUUAUCGCAAAGAGUUAAGGAAAUCCACGUUUUGCUUGUGUCCGAGAGGAUGGUCGCCGUGGACGUUGAGAGCGUACCAAGCGAUGAUGGUCGGGUGCAUCCCAGUCAUCAUCGCCGACGAAAUCGAGCUGCCGUACGAAAACAGUUUAGAUUGGACCAAGCUCAGCGUGAAAAUCGCCGAAGUCGACGCCGAGAAAACGAUUGAUAUUCUGAAACAAAUUUCGAAAUCAGAAAUCAGAAACAAACAGAAAGCGAUCGAGAAAGUGUGGAAAUCCGUCGCCUGGGGAAGCAAUCCAAAAAAGUUGGACCCGAUGGACGCGAUGGAGUGCGUUUUACACGAACUCGGUCGAAAGAAACGCGCGAUGAAAGCGAGCACGCAAACUUUUUGGUUCGAAUGA